AUUUCUCGUACUUCUACGACUAUACCCUUCUGUAUAUAUAGAUACCGAUUUUCUUGAACCCCCCCCACCCAUCAAAUAACUUGCUUCUUUUUCCUCUGCAUUCCCUUUCAUUUCUAUUCUCAUUCGCUAUGUACGUGCCUGACGUAUACGAAAUUCUUUCCGAGAUCAACAGUGUGGCGUGCGUCACAGCCAUAUCAUUGAUUCUGGGCCGCAAGGUCGCCAGUAUUGACGGCCCGAUUUACUAUGUGCGGGGACUAUUGCUGGUCAUGUACUCGCUAACACUAGCGUUUGAUAUAAUUGCGUGUAUGCUCGUCAGCACCAACAACGGAAACUUUGUGUCGUGUAUCCUCGGAUUUUUCAACUGUGUAUUAUUGUAUACCUUUGCAAAACUGGCGCUUUACCUGUACUUUAUCGAAAAGAUUUAUAUUCUUUCAUUGCCCAAAGUCGCUCGUCUACGAUCACCUAUUUAUUGGAUCGGCAUUGGUCUUCUGGUACCCUAUAUUGCGCUUAUCACCCUCAUGAUCAUAAACCGUGUUACUGUCAUCGAGCCAGAGCAUCCAUAUCAUUGUACCAUUGGAACCAAGCUGCCGGGUGUCAUCCCAACGCUCUGUUACGACUGCUUUUUCACUUUGCUCUGUAUUGCCAUUUUUGUAAAGUGCUAUGCGUUUCCAACUGUAGCACAGCAAACAUCACCUCAAUCAAUGUCCCUCAAGAUCAUGGCGAAACGAAAUAUCAUAGUCACUGUGGUUGCGUGUAUCACAGCAACAAUAAACUAUACCAUCAUGAUUGUGCUAGACGGGCAGGAGCGUGGAUUGCUUGCGCUUAGUAUUACAACUUUGGAUAUUACGGUCGUCUCUUGUGUCGUGCAUUGGGUCACGUCGCACACGGCUGAGCUCCAAUAUGUGGAAAAUGUGCUAAACAAAGGUGGCCUGGAUAAGCCCAUGAGGUUGGAGAUUAAACAGCAUCAGGAGGUUGUCGUGUUGACGGAACUCAGUUCUAACAAGAUAUGAGCAUGUUGUUUUUCCUUUACUAU